AACAACUUUUAGAUAAAAGUACUACUUUACUCUACUGCUAACAGUGCUUCCUUUGGAGCUAUUGUAGAUCCAGAGCUCAGUUGUCGGUGGCUCUAAACAGUCCACUAUCAACUCUGUGUUUGAAAGUUGAAACUAAAACUACAUCUUGCAAACAAACACUCCCAUAUGGCUACUCUCUCUGCUUCAAUACUUCCACUCUUGUUCAUUGCGAGAAUAUCAGGGCUUUUUGUUGCAAGUUUGGUCAUUUUAUGGGCUCUUGCUUUUAAGUCUAGUUUCCUUCCUCACUCUUCCUCUCAGGAAGACCUCGUCUAUGCGGUUCUUCAUCCUUUGUUGAUGGUGAUCGGUUUCAUUAUCAUCAGUGGAGAAGCAAUUCUGGUGCACAGAUGGUUGCCUGGCUCUAGGAGUUUUAAGAAAUCAGUGCAUUUAUGUCUUCAAGGAGUCGCUUUGGCUUGUGGGAUUUUUGGGAUUUGGACAAAGUUCCAUGGUCAAGAUGGAGUUGUGGCUAAUUUCUUCAGUCUUCAUUCUUGGAUGGGUUUGAUUUGUGUUACCUUGUUUGGAGCUCAGUGGAUAGUGGGCUUCUUGAGCUUUUGGCAUCGAGGGGAGCUGCGGGCGGCAAGAAUUAGGGUAUUGCCAUGGCACAUUUUCCUUGGUCUCUACACAUAUGGGUUGGCUGUGGCAACUGCAGAAACAGGUCUUAUAGAGAAACUGACAUUUCUACAAAGCAGGAGAAUUAUAUCGAAACGAUGUCCAGAAUCCAUGGUUGUUAAUAGUUUAGGACUGGGGUUAGCCUUGCUUGGUGGAAUUGUAAUAUUCGUGGCUAUUUCACCCAAGUUCCAUGCUCACCAAACUAAACUCAAGUACUCAAAUUCCAGUGCUGUUCUUGUUGAUGAAAGAAAAGAAAUCGAUAGAUCAAGAUAAUAAGAUUCAAUUUUAGAAGAUGUAUUGAUGUAAGUAUGUUUUCUGUGCUAUGUGUUAAAUUUGUUCAUUUGUUUCUGGUUAGCUGAGUUGAUAUGUAGUUUGAAUGUUUUGGCAACAUGGUGGCCAAAAGGGGAAUGGGAAACAAAAUGAAAUGAUGAUGGCUUGAUAUGGCUUUGAGA